UUGGCUGCAGUGUCUGUAAUGCAUGGUUCACCCACCCACCCCCACCACUCUAUUUCUUUGGGUGGUGCCUGGAACAGCGUCAGGAGUUUCUGCAGCGAUAAAACUGCUUGAGCCAGCUGCUACGUAGCAGAAUCUGAGAAACGCAUCGUGCGCAUCACCACAGGAGCCGCACAGGCAGUCUCUAAGAUCAAAGGGGAAACCAAUCAGCAUGGCCAACAGUUUGUUUAUAAGUAGUAUUUUUCUUGUUGUUUUAGUGACACCUGGAUUUUGUCAGGAAACCACUGUGUGUAAAGAAGAGGAUGGAGACAUAAGGAUAGAUUGUCUUAUCAAGAUUAAACCUAACCAGGUCAACAGCUAUGAUUUUUCCAUUGCCAAGGGUGGCAAGGAAGUCAUCAUGAACACCAAUGUCUCUGGAACAACCGCAGACCAGAGCUUCAAGGAAAAAACUACAGUAACUCCACUCGAUUCGGCUUCAGGAUACAGGCUGAGGUUGAAAAACUACCCGAUAAAUGAGAACGCUACUUUCAUCUGCAAAAUCUCCAACAUAGCUGCAAAUGCAGUGGUUGAGAAAGGUAAAAUGGUGACGUGUUCCGCUGUCAGCGUGUUCCUGCACGGCUGUCCCUGGCUCCUGUCCUUGCUAGUUGUCCUCCAUGUCACGCAGAGCUGGGUGCUGUCCACACCCUGAGGGAAGACUCACAAAGGGGGGGAUGGGUCCUAAAUAAUAACUGACUUAAAUCCAGUUGUAGAAAAAUAUAGCGUUGUAGAGGAACAACCAGAAACUCAGCAGGAGCCUUAAUCAUAAUAAUAAUAAUAAUAAUAAUAAUAAUAAUAAUAAUAAUAAUAAUAAUAAAAUCAACUAAGGGAGCAUGCAUGUUCUUAACAUCGCUGUCACCCCUCUACUGCCAGGCUGCCAUCUCUUUAGUUCUGCCCUCAGAUAUUACAGAAGCCGGUGGAUAAUAAGUCUUCUGUAAUAAUGGUACUAAUAAUAACAAUCUAUAACAAAGUUUUUUAUUGAUAUUAUUUUAUUUUCCCUGUUCCCUAGGGCCUUUAUCAUAAUCACAGGCUAUUGCAUCAUGCAUAUCUUCAAGAAAAUCUUCACUGAAAUUACUGACAAUAAAACACAUAAAAUGUCACAUAAAUUUACAAUUUGCAAUUUCAUGAUGUAAUAGCGGUUCAAGUGCACUAUUGAUGUAAAUACAUUAAUAUUUUGGAUGAAACAUUAUUUAAUGCACGCUGGCUCAUGAAAGCAGGCCAGCCAAAGCUUUUGUGAGUUUUUGUAGCAGGUGGAAAACAGAACAAUCUUGAGAAAUAUUAUGAUGAAUUCAGACAGGAGGAACUGUCUGGAUAAACAUCGUCGUGGAAAUGAGAAGUGAGAGACAAUCAUGAGCGUUCAUUAAGAAGUUAUAUGUAUCCCAUGAACAGGCACUUAUGCAAAAUAAAAAGGCAGCACUGACGAUUUCCUUAAAACAUCACAAAACCAUACGCAAAGGAACCAUUGUUUAGUCACUUGCAUACCAUUCAUCAACUAAUAACAGAGAAAUAAUGAGGAUAAAAGUUACCCCAAGUAAAUUCAGGACCUCUGCUCCCUGGUACGCUUCAGUGAUACUGCAGAAUAUUACACCAUACUAUGCGAUUUGACUGCUUAAAGUGUAGGUGGAUAUGUUCCAAGUGUACGCUCUCAGAACUUGCACCAUUCCUAUCGAUAACAAGUUGUAGGCCUAAAACGAAUGUACCCGUUUACGGAAAGUGCGAUUUCGGACUCAUGGACGCUUCUAGAACGUGCAAGUUCCAUCGCAUUUAGCGUAAACGCAUGCCCACAUCCCCCAUGUUAGACUGGUCACAUUGAACUGACAAAAGGAUGAGGAGAGAGAGGAGAGUGGUAGUGUGCAUUUAAACCAUUUGUUUAGGCGUGAUACACUGUGAUACACUGUUCCUGUGGCUUUAUUAGUGUCGUGUGUCAAUUUUCCUAGCAGUAGCCAAAGCGUUGCCAUUAUAUUGUCAGCUGCUUAUCGUCUUCCUUAAAGUAAUAUUUGCUUCAAAUGCAGAAAAUGUGGAUGCUUUAAUUAUCAAUAAUGCUCAGGUAAUUUCCUCAUUUCACAGCCUACAGUGAGCAUAUAAAACUCCACAUCAUAUCUACCCUACGCUAUCUUAUAGUCACACUUACAGCAAAUAAGUCAUUCAAUGCUUCAUGAUUACACAUAUAGGCCCAACUAUGACUAUACCAUGGAGUUCCGUAUAAAACAUACUACUUGUAAUACUGUAUAACCGUGACAGUUGGCAAAAGCUUGAAAUAAAUACCAUUCUUUAAUAAAGUGAUUGUCGCUAA